UCCGGCGGGGUCCGGGCGGCUUCCGGCCUUCCGGCUUUCGGCUCGCAGGAGGUCGUGGUGCAACUUUCUUCGGUCGUCCCGAGUCCGGGUUCAUCCGACACCAUCCGCCUCCGCCAUGCCGCCUAAGUUCGACCCCAGCGAGAUCAAAGUCGUGUACCUGAGGUGCACCGGUGGCGAAGUAGGGGCCACGUCUGCCCUGGCCCCCAAGAUCGGCCCCCUGGGUCUGUCUCCAAAAAAGGUUGGUGAUGACAUCGCCAAGGCAACCGGUGACUGGAAAGGUCUGAGGAUUACAGUGAAAUUGACCAUUCAGAACAGACAGGCCCAGAUUGAGGUGGUACCAUCUGCUUCUGCCUUGAUCAUCAAAGCCCUCAAGGAACCACCAAGAGAUAGAAAGAAACAAAAAAACAUUAAACACAAUGGAAAUAUCACGUUUGAUGAGAUCGUCAAUAUUGCCCGACAGAUGCGGCACAGAUCAUUAGCCAGAGAACUCUCUGGCAAGGGAGCUGGUGGAAGACAGAUGUGCCUUGAGAUGGUGGUGGGAGAGAAGGUUAAGAACUCCAACAGUGUCAGUGACAAGUUGAGAGAGGAUCCUGCUCAAAUAGAGGGACUAGAUGCACAGCCAGAAAUGGGCUUCAUGAGAGAAGAUCUGAGGAUGAAUCAAAGCUGUUUCCUCCUGGAAGACUAGACAGAUGGUCCUGUCAUCACAAAGAGAAGAAGCACUGAAAGAAGUAUGGGGAGGAUGAUAACCAUCCAACCUGCUUUCCCAGGUCUCUGGGGAAGACAACAGAAAAUGCUGGAUGUGAAACUGCACUCCUCAUUCUGCAAGUGCAAGACCAAAUACAGGAACCCCUUGAUCUAGGGGAGGAUGGCACCGACCUUGGUGGUUAAGACCCCGUACACUUUUGUUCUGUACUGCCUGCAAGGGGUUCUCAAAAACAUUAUUUUAU